AUGUCCGACUUUCAUUCACAAGCUGGAAAAGGACGUGAUUUAGACAUGUCAGAUGAUGAGUCAUAUAAUGAUAAUGCGAGUGUAAUCAGUAAUGUAUCUUGUAGCACAUCAAAUGAAGAACGUUCCUGUGUUGCAAUUGAUGAAGCUGAUGAGACUCAGAAUGAUGCAUUUGAAGAGAAAUUAAGUGACGCUAUUGAUAGUUUAUCACAGAAGUCUGCGCAAGGACGUACAUUAAGUUUUGAAGCUGUUUGUAACAUAUUUUGCAAGAAAUAUAUACCCGAUUAUAUUUUAAAUAGGCGUAUGACAAUUACUGAUUCCAUUGAACGCGCCCUUAAAAAAGGUGGUGAUAAUGAGAAAGCUGCAGCAGCCAAUUUAGCUAGUUUAUUGUGUAUACAAUUAGGUGCAUUGGACUUUGUAGAAAAUCCAUGUCAAGAACUGUUACCUACUCUAAUGUUUGUUCUUAAUGAUGAAUCUGUUCCUUUAUUGGCCCGAGAAAAAUGUUGUUUGGCCAUAACAUUACUAACUUUUAUUAGUUGUAAUGAAGAAAUUGAUGCAGCUAUGCAAUUAAUGCGCAAUUUAUGGAGACGUUUAUUACAUUCAACAGCUAUUUCUCCGUCGGUAGCAGCUCUUUAUUCAGCAGCAUUAUCUUCUUGGUCUCUCCUACUGUCUACUGUAUCAAUUAGAAAUUCUUCUGCUAUAAUUCCUACCUUAGCAGAAUUGAGUACACUCUUAGACUCAACACAUCUAGAAGUGAGAAUGGCUACUGGUGAAUUAAUAACAGUUUUAUUAGAAAUGGCACGUGAAUGUGAAGACAUGGAUGAAUAUGAGCCAGAUGAARAAUUUAUUAAUAAAUUACGUGAACUAGCAACAGAUUCACAAAAAUAUAGAGCAAAAAAAGAUAGAAAAACACAAAGAUCAAACUUUAGACAAAUUCUUCAUUAUGUAGAACUGGAUGAACCUCCAAAUAUUCAAAUUCGUUUUGGUCAAGAAGUAUUAACAAUGAACUCAUGGAUCAUUAAAAAGCAAUAUGAUGUUUUAUGUCAAGCAUUGGGAUCUGGAAUGAACAUGCAUAUGAUGGAAAAUGAUCUAAUUCGUGACAUAUUAAGCCUUGGUCCUAAAUUAUGUCAGGCGACACUUAUGAAUAACAAACAAUCAAAACUCGAAAGACAACAAAUUAAUGCAGCCAACUUCAAGGURCGCACAAAAACUAGAGGAAAAGUGCGCGACAAAAGAAUAGCUUUUAUUGAUUAAAGAAUCAUAAACUAUUUUAGUUUAUUAUUGUAAUGCAAAACCAAUUGAGCAUGUGAUAAAUACUGUUGUUAAUAUUCUAUUUUUUAAUUAAUCAAUUCAGUUUUUCUGUGUGUAUUGACAGAUAUAUGUUUAUAAUAACAAUUGGGGUUUUUUAUUGUCUUAGUUAAUUACCAAAUAUUUGGUGUAUCUAUAUUAAAUAACUUAGCGGGACUUUUGAGUUAACUAAAACAUAAUAUAUUAAAGGUUGCAUACUUCUUAUCUCUUUUGUCAAAUAAUGCUGUUUUAAUAACAAACGCGGUGCCUGUUGUACUACUAAAUACAAUUCGUAACUUAUUACUGCCAUUAUAUUAUAAUUGAGACUGACAAAUGUAUAAGUAAUUGCACCAGAAAAAAAUGUCAUCUGCAUCAAGAAUGAUUUUUUUUUCAUUA